AUGAGGACAGGCCUGUUGUUUGUUGUUGUUACUAGCAAGGGCCAAGAGAAGCAAUUUGGUGUUGAAGAGAUUUCUUCAAUGCUUCUUCUACAUUUGCAGAAGAUUGCUGAAUCUUCCACUGGGUCCAACGUGGAGGAUGCAGUCAUCACUGUGCCUGCCUAUUUCAAUGAUUCUCAGCGUCAGGCAACCAAGGGUGCUGGAGCCAUUGCUGGGCUCAACAUCCUCCGCAUCAUCAGUGAACCAACAGCUGCUGCGACUGCCUACGGUCUCAACAGCGAGUCCAUUCUUACAGGCAAGAAGAAUGUUCUUGUAUUUGAUCUUGGCGGUGGUACUUUUGAUGUCUCUAUUGUCACCAUUAAAGCGGGUGUCGAAGUUAAAGGACAAGUCAUAUCUGUCAUGAUUCCUAGGAACACCAUCUUUCCAACCGAAAUGAAGGGAGUUUUUCAUAACCUUAGUAGAUGCUCGAGCUACAGCCUGCGGCCUAGAAGAGUUCCAAAAAUCGACAUAUACUUUGCUCUUGACGCCAAUGGGAUCUUGAAUGUCACUGCCAGAGAUCGAGCUACAGGCUUGGAGGAGAUCAUCAGUUUGAAGAGGGGAAGAUUAUCUAGCCAGGAGAUUAAGAUGUUGAUAAAAGAAGCUCAGAAGUUCAAGGCUGAGGUUGAUGAGUACAAAAAGAAAACUGCUGCAUGGAAUUCACUUGAGCUUUACGCUUAUAAAAUGAGGACUGCCAUAACGGUUAAGAAGCCUUCAGCCUACAAGAAGAAGCACACUGCUAGGCAUCUCGCCACUCAGGAAGAAAACUAA